AAUGAAUACUGGACGUGCUCACCGCCCACAGGACAAGAGGCGGUACCCUCCCCCCUCCGGUAUAAAUCACCGCCUCCACACAGCGACAGCGAGGGAGUCCUGUGCGAAUCGAGGCAUUCCGACAUCCGUAGGUCUCUAUCGAGGAACAUCUGAAAUGGCUGUGCCGGAAUCUGGAGUACUUCAAGGUUUUCCUCAUGAUAAGGUGCUCAGAGUGGAGGAGGGAUGUGAUGAAUUUAUCAGCAUAAAGCAUAGGUUCUAUAUGAGUAUUGGUUCGCUCGCACAAUAUUGCCCCCUUGUAGCAUUGCAAAGGCUCAGAUGUACUGCAGAUCAAAUGAUAGCUCGAACGGAAGCUUUCAAGCAUCAGUCAAAACUCUUGUCUGAGAAGUAUGAUGGUGAGCCUAACAUCCAAGAUGGGUUGUAUGGAUCCUCCAAAGUGGGCAUCAUUCAAAUCAUUAAUCAUGGUUUUGAUGUUUCUGCACUCCCCGAGGAUGGUGGGUAUUUUGGCAUUGGCUUAUACAUUACUCCUGAGCAGGUGGCCAUUAACAGUGUGAUGUCCUCAACUGUUGAUGUGGAUGGUUUAAGACAUGUGCUGCUCUGUAGAGUUAUUUUGGGAAGAAUGGAGGAAGUUAUUCGUGGUUCGGGGCAAUCUCAAUCGAGCUCCAAACAAUAUGAUUCUGGGGUAGAUAACCAGCAAUUUCCCACAAGAUACAUUAUAUGGUAUCCUCAUGCCAACACUCGGAUACUACCACAGUAUGUCCUGAGUGUAAAAGUUGAUUUCCGCAGUAGAGGAUUGCAGAAGCAACCAAGAACUCAACCAAUCACACCAUGGAUGCCAUUUCGAGCACUAUUAUCUGAGUUGGAUAAGUUUCUUCCUAAGCCAACAAUGUGCCGGGUUUGGAGGUAUCACUGUCAGUUUCUGGAAAGGAAAAUUACUCGGCAGGAGCUUGUAUUUCACCUCAGACAAAUAACAGGGGACAAGAUAUUAAUUGCAGCCUUACGAUCGUUCCAAAUCAAGAAAUUUGGAGCAGAAAUUGCUGCUUUCCUGAAGGGCAAGAAAAAAAAGUAAUUCAAAAGAUUGGGCAGUGAGUUGAUUGACAGUUGGCUUCAUGCAGUGGAGUUUCAGCUUGUUGAUCAUAGACAUUCUGUUGGGUGAAAUAAUAUAGUAGUUGCUGCUGCUGUUAGACUCUUACAUCAAGUUUGCGAUUCGUUAUAAAUUGAAAUAAUCCAAAGAUCCUGAACAAUUUUUAUUUUUUAUUUUUUUAAGUCUUGCCAUAAGUUGUCGCUGCCAUUUAAUUCAAAUUCGUAUACAAUAUAGGAGCAUAACUUUCUGCAGUUUUCUAAA